AAUAUUCAUUAUUCUGCACACAAACAAACAAGAAGCAACAAUGGCGGAAGAAGGAAGAAACGGCCGUCAGCAUCACCACCACAACCACCAUCAUCAUCCAUCGUUGAGUGGAGGAAGAAGAAGUAAGUACACUCAUGGCUUCUCGUCUUCUCAGAUCCAAUCAUUAGCKGCCAUUUCUGAAGCUUUUAUCCCUCCCAUUCCUCUACCUUCUAACCCUAACCCUAACCCUAACCACAAUCAAUCUGCUGUUAAUUUCUUCUACUCUGCUUCUGGAUCUCAGCAUCCUGUUCCUCAAGAGGUUGCAGAGAAAAUGGCGAAGAGAUAUCCAUCCAGUGGAAUGUUCUUGGUGAAAUUGGUUCUGAUGCUGCUUUCAACCAAAUUGGGGACCCUUUUGCUUUGCGGGUUUCUUUCUUUUGACACCAAAUGGCCAUUUCUUCACAGCUUCUCAGAUUUGCAUUUGGAAAAAAGAGAAAAAGUUCUUCAAAAAUGGUCGCGUAUGGAAUCAAGUUUCAUUCCUCUCCGACUCGUCUUUUGGGCGCUUAAGCUUAUGUGCUUAUACGUUUUCUUCUCUUUGAGUGAUGAAAAUUCAGAAAACCCCUUUUGGGAUGCCAUCGGGUACCAAACCGAACCCCCCAAAUCAGCCACGACCCGAAAAGAGAGACCACUUGAGAAGGGCAUCGUGGAAACUGAGAAAGAAAGUGAUUCAACCUUCAUGGAAUUGGUCAAAUCAAAAGGUCUAGAAGUUGCAGAAGAUGCCAUUAAUGGAGUUUACAGCAUCAAAUGUGACGUCGUAAUCGUCGGCUCCGGUUGCGGCGGCGGUGUUGCCGCCGCAGUUCUUGCCAACUCCGGCCGAAAAGUGGUGGUGCUCGAGAAAGGUCACUAUUAUGUCCCUGAAGAUUACUCACUUCUUGAAGGACCAUCCAUGAAUGAACUAUAUGAAAACGGCGGCGUACUUUCGACCGUCGAUGGGAAGUUUACGAUUUUAGCAGGGUCAACUCUUGGCGGCGGCUCCGUAGUGAACUGGGCGGCCGCUAUCAAGACACCGGAGGAUGUUCUUGAGGAUUGGGCGGUGGAUAAAAAGAUCCCUAUGUUUGGGACCUCUGAUUACCGAUCGGCAAUGGAAGUUGUCUGCAAGAGAAUCGGUGUGACUGAGAACUGUACCGAGGAAGGAUUUCAGAACAAAAUUCUCCGGCGAGGCUGUCUGAAUCUUGGGUUGACGGCUGAGGCGAUUCCUAGAAACUCGUCGGAGGAUCAUUAUUGUGGUUCUUGUUCUUACGGUUGUAAAACGGGAGACAAGAAAGGCGUUGAUUCCACCUGGCUUGUCGAUGCUGUCGGAAACAGUGCUGUAAUAUUCACUGGUUGCAAAGCAGAGCGGUUCGUAUUCGAAGACGGAAACCCCCGGAAAAGAUGUCGAGCUGUGAUAGCCACCGCCGAAAGCAGCACCAUUACCAGAAAACUCCGGUUCGAGGCACGAGUGACGGUUUCCGCCGGCGGUUCCCUCUUGACGCCGCCGUUGAUGGUUUCGAGCGGGCUCACAAACCGCCACAUUGGCCGGAACCUCCACCUUCAUCCCGUUCUACUAGCCUGGGGACUCUUCCCGGAGUCGUCGGUGCCGGGGGCAGAUGAUGGGAAGAGUUAUGACGGACCAAUCCUUACGUCUCUGCAUAAAGUUACGUCCACCGGAGAAACAUCAAACGAAACCCGGGCAAUCAUAGAAGUUGCCGCUAUGGGCCCCGCGUCAUUCGCAUCGUUGUUUCCCUGGAUCUCCGGCGCCGACAUCAAGGACAAAAUGGUAAAAUACUCGAGAAUCGUGAAGCUUUUCGCACUGGUGAAAGAUCAAGGCUCCGGUGAAGUUACGGAAGAAGGAAAGAUCAGAUACAGAUUUAACGAGUCCGACAAAGAGAAUCUGAGAGUCGGUUUACGGCAAGCGUUGAGGAUACUCGUUUCCGCCGGAGCCGAAGAAGUUGGAACUUUCCGGAACGACGGCCAACGAAUUAAAAGCCAAGGCAUCAAAACCGCCGAUUUGGAGGAGUUUCUCGACACCAUCGGGACGGUUGGCGGCCCAAGAUCGAAAGGCGAAAACUGGACGAUAUAUUCCUCUGCCCAUCAGAUGGGAAGUUGUAAAAUGGGAUGCAAUGAAAACGAAGGUUCGGUGGAUAUAAAUGGCGAAAGCUGGGAAGCCGAAGGCUUAUUUGUAUGUGACGGCAGUUUACUACCAACUGCCAUUGGCAUAAACCCUAUGAUCACGAUACAAGCAACCGCAUAUUGCAUAUCGAAGAAAAUCGCUCAGGCAAUGGAUAACGGAAAAUUUUCCGAUUGAUCUGGAAUCAAAAGUUUAC